AUGUACACCCAGCAGGCCUGCACAUCGUCUAGCUGCGACAAGGCCUUACUCAACAAAGUGUCAGAUCCUAGCCGACAUAACACUGCUUUCAACUCUACGCGCUUAGGUUCAUCGGACGCUAGGUCUUCAAGAACCCCGAAAUCAUCAGUUGGACUAGUCUACAAAUUUGAUCAGGUGGAUGUCAGACCGAUCCUCGAAUCUUCGGAAGUCGACGAUGUCCUGGAUGGAUUUGUUAAACAAAGGUGUUACCCUCGCAAAGACCGCCAUGACUGGGAGCCAAUAUGCAUCUAUCUCAACCAUGCUUUCGAUCAUGGAAGGGGCAUAGUAUUUGUGGCGUACCCCUCUGUAUUCAAAGAAAUACUAUCAACAUUCACAGUCUUUAAGCCGAAAAAAGAUCUUACGGACGAGGAGAAACCCAGUGGCAAGAAGUUUGACGUCGUGGACAUGCCUCAUAAGGGUGGAAAGGAUGUAUGGAGAAGGGAGGAUCUCGGUGACUUCAUGAAGACAGCAGUGGACUAUCUUCCAUUCGAGACACGAGCUACUUUUGCUACUCUUCACGGUGAAGGAGAGACUCAAGGAGAAUGGAUCAAGUCGGCUUUCGAGCGUAACAAUUUCUACCACAGGGUGGAGGUCAAGGGACAGGAACGGCCCUUUGGCGCCGUUGUGUUCGAGCCUACUCGACUGAAUCACGAUUGUCGCCCCAACUCUGCGUACCACUUCGAUACAAACACCUUGAAAUUAAACGUGCAUGCACUCCGGGAUAUUUCCCCAGGUGAAGAACUGACAGUCAGCUAUAUCCAAGUGGACGUGUCUAAAGAGACAAGACAGGGACUUCUGUCUCGCGAUUAUGGAUUCGAAUGUGGCUGUUCACUAUGCUCGUCGCCACUACAUGUGGCAAUGCUUUCUGACUAUCGGAUUGAGAGACUCAAAAAGUUGAAUGCUAUAUUGGACGACUGGACAUCAGCUUCUGAAGCUACCCCUACCAUGGCCGAAUAUGCCAUAACGCUCCACAUGCUGGAGAGACUAGAUGUUAUAAUGUUCAAUGCUUAUUUGCGGGCAUCUUUAGCUUACAACGCUGUUGGAAACUUGGAAAAGGCAAAAAUGCAUGCCUCUUUGGCUUUGGCUAGUGGAUUAGUUUCCAGUGGACCUAAGUGGAUUGAUUGGGCUGACACACUGAAGUUGGAACAAAACCCAGAGACACACCAGUCUUACAAGUCACGACUACCAAAAGCUUCAUUUGGGUUCUGA